AUGAGUACGGAGCCGACAUCAGCAUUCCGAUCUCCAGUCAUCACCUCGUCCACAUCCUCCAGAGUAACCCAUCCCAUCAUUGUACAUCCUCAACCUAUCAAACCAUAUUCGCAUACAACAACUACCGAUCCGUUUACUUUGUAUAGUUACUACUUAACACAAAUGGGUCAUGAUUUUGAUCUACAUCAAUUAGCGCAGAUCACUCGACCACCCAUUCUUUCCAGCUCACAUUUGCUGUCAAAUACAGCUUUAAUCAAUAAUUCGGUUACUUCUACUGCUACAACAAAUCGGAGCAGUUGGGAUUCAGAAAUGAGUAAAAAGAUUCGGAAAGAGCAGUGCAGCCCCGAUUCACCCCAAAGUGUGGAAACGUCAUGCUCAAGAACAUCGCAACCUAGCACGUCGCAAAAGGACCGUAUAACAACAACAACAACAACUGGAUCUAAUCGAAGUUCCGAUAAAUUCUCCUGGUUAAGCCACUAUAGCGUGGAACCAAAUAUCGCCGUUGUGAGCUCCAAUAUGAGCAGCCCAUCGUUAACAUCAGCCCAGUCAAAUGGCUCCGAAACGACGUACACGUGGAAUGGUCGGGCAGAUGGACAUCGUUCAGGAGAGUUCACUGCGACGCUUAUGACCGAUUACUUAGACGAUGAUCCAUUGCUGUGCGCUAUUUGUGCUGACAAAUCAUCAGGACUACAUUACGGAAUUUAUACAUGUGAAGGGUGUAAGGGUUUCUUCAAGAGAACGGUACAGAACAAACGUGUUUAUACAUGUGUUAGUGGUACCGGUAGCUGUCCAAUGACCAAGGAACAAAGGAAUCGAUGUCAAUUUUGUCGAUUUCAAAAAUGUUUACAACAGGGUAUGGUCCUUGAAGCGGUACGGGAAGAUCGAAUGCCAGGUGGUCGAAACGGAAGCGCUAUUUACAAUCUUUAUAAAUUAAAAUACAAGAAGACAAGGCGUUUACAAGCGCUAUGUGAAAGUAUCUUACGAGAAAGCGCUCCACGUUGCGGUACACCAUUAGGUGCUUCCGAUAUUACUUCAAAAGGCAUACAUCCAGAACAACGAACAAUGGGAAGUACACCGUUGAAUACAUCAGCGCCUGAUGUACAACCCAGCAGCGAACCUCUCAAUUUAUCGGCCAAAGAAGGUGUUAACAGAAGUGAAGAAAUACCGCCAACAAGUGGUUGUAGCAGUAGGAUAGUCUUCAGCAGAUCUCCCCUUCCUACUCAUAACAAGAAUCUCAUACAGGAAUUGAUUGAAAUAGAUCAUAUCGAAAAAUUAAUCAAUCUAAAAGGUUUGCGAAUAGCACACCAAUUUGGAUCACAUAGUAACGAUCCGACAAUUCCCGCCUGUCAGAGGUUAUCAAGGAUCGGUGAUGAAAUCGUUGAACAAUUGGUGGAAUGGACGAAGAUGCUACCGUUCUAUCACGAAUUACCUGUAGAAGUACACACUCAUUUGCUGACCCAACGAUGGGCUGAACUGGUAUUGUUGUCAGCUUGCUUUUAUGCUGCUUCAACACGAUCUUCCAGUCAAGAUAGUUUACCAGUCAGUUCAACAACUACUGAUGAUAACGAAGAAGUAUCUUUCAUUGAUUCAUCUGUCAAUUUACAAUUGCUACAGAAACGAUUAUGUGCUGUCAUGGGAAAGCAUAUACCACUCGAGCAUGUCAACAAAGAGGCUUCACCUUUAGUCGAGAAGUUCACAACGUUAUUGCAUUCAUUCAGUCGCUUAAAAAUUACCUUAGAAGCGUAUGUUUGUCUGAAAGCUAUCACUCUACUACAUUAUACACCUUACACUUGUGAUGAAACAGCUAUUGAUGUGAAAGAAUCGAUGGUGCGGAGUGUUUAUGUCCGGAAAGUAUCAAUAAUACAGGAUCAGUUUGUGAAAGCAUUACAAAUACAUCUCAGCCAGCAUGAAAAUGGCGCACGGCUAACAGACAUUUUAACAUGGUUACCUAUGCUACAUUCUGCAUCAUCGGUACUGCUGCACAGCAAAAUGUUCUACGUCCCUUUCUUGAUUUGCAAAAAUCCACAGCGAAUCAAUGGUGGUAAUCGUGGUGCAGAAAUCCGAACAGUAUUAUCACCGUUAUCAUAUCCUCCUUCCGCCACUGUUACUGAUUAUGAAGAGGAAUUGAAUGCGACAAGUAGCUGUUAA